AUAUGAAAUGAAAUGAUAAUAGAAAAUUGAUGAUAGAUUGCAAGAGAUUGGAGUAGCACAAGGCCAUGUAUCCGGUCAACUGGUAACACAAAUGGCAGCAGAAGAAGCCACAUGUCACUUCCUUUCAAGCGCUACAAUGGCGACCGCAAAACCUGCAUUUGCCAAUCACUUUAUAUAUACUCAUCUCAACGGUUUCCCCUUCUCUCUCAUGUCCAUUUAUAACUAUAUUGGUCUUCGUUUUUCUGCUCUUAAUCUUCUCUCUUUGCCACCACCAUUUCUUCCUUUCUCUGCACGCUACCACCCAUUUCUCGUGUUUUUCACGGUUGCCUUCACUUCAGUUUUUCUUUUUUGCUUGGAUCAAGUGCCACCCACGUUUCCAAUAGCUGUCUCUGGCUGUCUCAUCUUCUGGGGUCGUUUAAAAAUGGCUUCUUUCUCGGGUGCGCCGGUUGUUUGAAUUGUUUUGGAGAAGCUUCUGGUAUAAGGGAUAAAUAACAAAUAAAUGAAAAAUCAAAUUUUUAAGCUUUUUGUUUGGUUGUGGUUGUGAUUGAUUGGUGGAUCGUGAUAUGGGACAAGGACAUGUUGCACGUGUGACGCAGAUACAAUGAGUGGUGUUGGUGGUGGAUGCCCCUGCCCCAGGGGUGGUACUGAUGGUUCCAUGGAGGAUCCCAAUGGGGAUACGGUGGGGAAUUUGAAUCAGAAUGCAGCGAAGCCUCCGAGGGACCAUUCUGUUAUGCGACAUUUCAGCAGCUCUUCUUGGUCUGCAGAACCGGAAUCAAAUAUUAGUAUUACUGGACUUAAAUCAAGCACAGAAAAAAAAUCAGACUUUCCACUUGAAAUUCGAUCUGGAAGCUAUUCUGAUAAAGGACCAAAGCAGUACAUGGAGGAUGAAUUCAUAUGCAUUGAUAGUCUUAGUGAAUGUGACGGUCUAGGAGCAAACCUUCCUUCUCCUGCAGCAUUUUACGGGGUAUUUGAUGGACAUGGUGGCGUUGAUGCAGCAGCAUUUACAAGAAAGAACAUCCUCAAGUUUAUAGUUCAAGAUGCUCAUUUCCCAUCUAACAUUAAGAAAGCAAUUAAGAGUGCAUUUGUGAAGGCUGAUCUUGCUUUUAGAGAUGCGAGUUCUCUUGAUAGCUCUUCAGGCACCACAGCUCUGAUAGCCCUAACGUUGGGAAGUUCCAUGCUGAUUGCCAAUGCAGGAGAUUCUCGUGCUGUGUUGGGCAAACGAGGCAGAGCAGUUGAACUUUCCAAAGACCAUAAACCAAAUUGCACUUCUGAAAGAUUAAGAAUUGAAAAACUUGGUGGAGUGAUCUACGAUGGAUACCUGAAUGGCCAACUAUCAGUGGCUCGUGCUCUUGGAGAUUGGCACAUAAAAGGCAGCAAAGGUUCUAAGAGUCCUUUAAGCUCGGAGCCAGAACUUGCUGAUAUGGUGCUGAGUGAAGAGGACGAGUUUUUGAUAAUGGGGUGUGAUGGAUUGUGGGAUGUGAUGAGCAGCCAGUGUGCUGUGACAAUGGUGAGGAAGGAGAUGAUGCAGCAUAAUGAUCCGAACAAAUGUGCAAAAGUACUUGUUACUGAGGCCCUUCAACGCAACACUUGUGACAACCUCACAGUUGUGAUUGUGUGUUUCUCCAAAGAUCCACCUCCUAAAAUUGAAAUUCCUAGAUCAUAUAGGAGGAGGAGUAUUUCUGCUGAGGGCCUUGAUCUUCUCAAGGGUGUUUUGAAUGGUAGAUGAAUAAAUGAAGUUGCUGAUUUGUACAGAUUAUUGAGUAGGGUGUUCUUCAGUGGGGAUUUUUCUGACUAACUGCUACCCCUGCUGCACUUGAACAUUGUUGUUUGCUUAAAUGUCAAUAAUAAUGUUACACAACUUGUAACAAUUCGAAUUGGGGAGUAUGAUUAUUACAAGGACUAUUAUCACCCGGCAAGGUCACACAUACUUCUGGUCUUGUUGUCUACCACAAGGUUCUUGAAGUCCAGUUUUUGAGUAUCCUUCUGUGUCAGUCUUCCCAUUUUCAAUGGCGGGAAGUGAUACAAAUACACAACACAAUAUAGCAAGCUUCCAUUGUCCACCGAAAAGAGCUAUGAAGUAAAUGAUUUGUAUUUUCCGCCCUUAGUUUAUCUUUUACAACAUUUUCAAGUCAUUGUAAAUUUGUUAGGAACAUUCACUGUGUUUUCUUAUUGUUGUUGACCUGUCUUUGCCUUUACACAUACAUAUGGCAAAUUAAAGGAAAAACAGACAAUCACUUAUCAAGUUGAAAAUGACUCUGUUAAAAAGACAAAUAUGGACAUAAUACUUAGAAGGAUUGAUAGUGUUAAACAAGGGUGUUCAUGUGCAGCAUCAUUACUACAAUCUUGUCAGGGAUAUUCUCUCUAUUAGUACUAAUUAAUUCCCUGGAAUCUUUAUUGUGCAAUCACAUUUUCAUAGAAGCUAAUCGCCAUAGAAUUUUUCAUCUUGUUCCUAGUUGGUUAUUUCUUCCUGUGCUCCGAUAAUAUCAACACACACUUUUGUUCAUUUAGAACAGGUUAAACGAAUGUACAAAAUAAUCUUUUUGGAAUCAAGGAAAAACUUACUUAAUUCAGAAUUACGAUUGUACGUAAACUUGUAUGAUGAAAGAAGAGGAUAUAGGUUGAUAUACUUGAAGUGCAUGCAUAAAAGUCUUCCUAUUUUUCUUUGCAUUGCUUUGUUAACAAAUCAUUCAGCUGUCGUUUUCUGUGAUUAGUGUCCCUUUGUUUUAGGCCCCUUUUAUGAGAAAAAAAGUGUCUUAAAUACAAUUUUCAAUAAAACCAUACGCAUU